AUGAUAGCUAUAUUGCUACAAGUUCAAGCAAAUAAAAACUUGCAAAAUGAUAACUUCUUUCCUUUCAAUCUUCCUAGUAGAUGGAAUUGUGAAGAAAUACUGCAACAAAAUCUCACGUUGGCCAAAAUAGUUGUAUAUGCUAGAUCUCAUAUGAGAAUUCCAGCAAUGCGAUGCAAUAAUAUUACGCGAGUGUCUCAGACCAAACAACCACAUCAUCGCAGAGAUGUCAAACUACAUCAAAUGUUGCAGUCACUGAAGGAUAAUUAA